GUGCGCUGUGUGAUUGCGAAUUUCUGCAGUUGGACGAUUUUAUGCAACAUUUAAUGUCUACCCACCAAAAAAAUAUGUGGACGCACACCGGGGUUAAGAAAUAAAAAGAAAAUGGCGUACAUCGAAAUAUCAACCGAACCUCAAAAAGAUCGGAAUUCCAAAAAAGGGGAAUCCCCAAUUAUCUUAUUUAAGAAGAAAAACGAAUUGGAUCUACAUUUAGAUAAUUUGAAAAUAAUAUUAUCUAAUUCAAAUGCGACUGUUAUACGCUGUAGAGGCAGUAUGGGUUAUUUGUGCUGUUUUUGUGAACAGCAGUAUUCAGAUCCUGGUGAUUUAAAACAGCACAAUCUGCAUCACGAAGACAUUUUCGAAUCAAACUAUAUAAAGAAUCAAGCGAUGCCUACAUUUUUAAUUAAAUUAGAUAUAACAGAUCUUUGUUGCAAUAUUUGCAGCAAGCGAAUAAUCGAACUCGACGACUUACUUCACCAUUUGAAAGAUGAACACGAAAUUCAGUAUAAUAUGGGUUUAAACAGUCAUAUUGUACCGUUUAGAUUUGGCAGUGAUAAACUUAGAUGUGUCGUGUGUAAACAUAUUUUUAACAACUUCAAAGUACUUUUAGAGCAUAUGAAUUUACAUUUCAGGAAUUAUAUUUGCGAAAUUUGUGACUCUGGUUUCGUGAACAAACGUAUAUCACAAAUGCACGGUUAUAGACAUAAAAUUGGGGUAUUUAAUUGUUCUUAUUGUGGUAAAGAGUUUAAUAAUAAAAUAAAACAGAGAGCCCACGAAAGAGCGGUACAUAUUUGUUUGAAUAAACGUAGCAGAUGUGGUUAUUGUGGUGAUAGAUUUUCUGAUUACACUAAGAAACAUGAACACGAAGUUCGAGAGCACGGCGCUAAGCCAGUGGUAGUUACUUGCUACGCUUGUGAGAAGAUAUUCGACAAUCAACGCUCUCUCUCUGUACAUAUAAAGACAUUCCAUUUAAUGGAGCGUUAGUUUAACGGCCAAUAACAAUCGAAGGGUCUAAUAGUCAAUAGCUUCGAGUUAUUAGUAACUAGCUUUUACCCGCGACUGC